AUGGGUUUCUUGAGCACUUUUCUGGGACUCCUUGGUUUUGGAUUUGGAAUCCCAAUUGGUCUUUUUAUUGGGUUUUACUUCUUCGUUUACUCUAAGCCCAAAGAUUCAGAGGAUCCAGUCGUUAGGCCACUUCAAGAGCUAGAUACAACUUCAUUACAAGAUAUCAUGCCUGAGAUUCCACUAUGGGUGAAGAAUCCGGAUUAUGAUCGAGUGGACUGGGUAAACAAAUUCCUUUUGGAUAUGUGGCCUUACCUUGACGAGGCAAUUUGUGGCACAAUAAGAAGCAUGGCCCAACCUAUAUUUGCAGAGUACAUAGGGAAGUUUCAGAUAGAAUCUAUAGAGUUUGAGAAUUUAAGUCUUGGGAAUCUUCCUCCAACAAUUCAAGGUCUGAAAACAUAUGAGACAAAUGAGAAAGAACUAGUCAUGGAACCAUCAAUCAAGUGGGCUGGCAAUUCAAAUAUAGUUGUGGCAUUGAAAUUGUUGUCUCUGCGAAUUACGAUUCAGUUGGUGGAUUUACAAGUAUUUGCGGCACCAAGAAUAUCUCUGAAACCUCUUGUGUCUACCUUUCCGUGCUUUGCAAAAAUAGUUGUAUCUUUGAUGGAUAAGCCACACGUAGACUUUGGAAUGAGAGUUCUGGGUGGGGACAUCAUGUCAGUACCUGGCCUAUACCGAUUUGUUCAGGAGACUAUUAAAAAACAAGUUGCAAGUCUAUACCUCUGGCCCCAUUCUCUUGAAAUCCCUAUUCUUGAUGCUUCAACGGUGGCUGUAAAGAAGCCCGUGGGAAUAUUGCAUGUGAAAGUAGUACGGGCAAUGAAACUAUUGAAGAUGGAUUUUCUGGGACUAUCCGAUCCUUAUGUUAAGCUCAGUCUGAGUCAAGAGAGGCUACCAUCAAAGAAAACUACCAUCAAGAAGAAGACCUUGAAUCCUGAGUGGAAUGAGGAUUUUAAGCUUAUUGUGAAAGAACCCGAGUCUCAGAUGUUAAAUAUUCAUGUCUAUGACUGGGACAAGGUUGGAGCACAUGACAAGUUGGGAUCGCAAGUAGUUCCUUUGAAAGUGUUAACACCCCAUGAGACAAAGGAACUUACUCUCGAUUUGCUUAAGAACACGGAUAUAAGUGAUCAUCAAGAGAAGAAGCACAGAGGUCAGAUUGUGCUUGAACUGACAUAUGAUCCUUUCAAAGAUGAUAAUGAUGGGUUCAGUGAGCCGUUAGAUGGAUUUGUAAGAAAGGAAAGUGGAAAUUAUGGUGCGUCCGGCAGUGACAGCCCCGAUGGAGCAGGUUUACUUAUGGUUACUGUCCAAGGAGCUGAGGGUGUAGAGGGGGAGCGUCACAACAAUCCAUACGCGUUAAUACUAUUUAAAGGAGAAAAGAAGAAAUCAAAAAUGAUAAGAAGAACUCGUGACCCGAUUUGGAAUGAAGAGUUCCAAUUUAUGCUUGAAGAGCCUCCAGUGAGCGAGAAAAUUCAUAUCAAAGUAAUGAGCAAGCGGACAGGAAUUGGUUUCCGAUCAAAGGAGUCAUUGGGACAUGUUGAAAUUAACCUUGCCGAUGUUGUGCACAAUGGACGCAUUAAUGAGAAAUACCAUCUGAUAGAUUCAAAGAAUGGGGUUAUUCAUGUUGAGUUGGGGUGGAAGACCAUUUGA